ACUAUAUGUACAUAUGGGCUUUUCAUGAUUGCAUCAUUGACGUUGUAUUUACGUAUACAACGUGUUUAUAAAUGUUCGAUGCCUGUUAAACUGGCUUUAUGAUUUCGCUUUUCAAAGCUUUCACACGCUUUAAUGUCGAAUUUAUUCAUGUUUUGAAACGUAAAGAGUCCGCUUCUUGCUAUUUUGAGGCAAUGAAACUUUACACAGAUAAAUUUAAUCCUUUAACGCUACGAAUAUUAGUGGCAGACAAAUUAGCUGAAACUAACCUUACUGUUGAAUACGUCGAAAAAAAUGAAUCAUUAAAAAGGUUUCCCUUUCUCAAAGAAGCAAAGCUGCCAUUUUUGGAAGUGGAAAAUGAUCGUUACCUUUUUAGUGCAAAUGCAAUCACUCGGUAUCUAUUGAAAUGUGAGACUCACAAAAGAUAUGAAAUAAAAGUUGAAAAUUUAUCCUUUGAAGACCAUUGGAUGGAAUGGGAUCUCUUGAAGUUACAGCCAUCAAUGUUCUCUUUUUUGGCAUCCUCAUUCACACCAAAUUGUUGCAUGGAUGUUAGCAAUAUCAAAGAAUGUCUUUCACAUUUGGAAUCACACCUAAAACCUGAAGCUAAAUAUAUAGCUGGGAACAAACUAUCCUUGUCAGAUGUUGUUGUUUGGGGAACGCUCUAUCCCUUACUGGCACAGUCUUCACAUGUAAAAGAGCUAGACAUAAACGACCACUUUUGCCAAGUGAUGACGUGGUUCAAUAAUCUUAUGAAAAACAAUAAAUUUUAUUCUUUAUCACAAGCCAUUACUGAAAGGAAAGGGCCUGAUGUGUUCAAGGAGGCUAUUCUGGCCUACAACUCAUCAUACUCAAUACCAUGUACGAAGAAGGAUUUAAGAGUACCUGAAGCUCCUACUAAAAACCUGGAACAGGAUGAGAAUGUUCAUGAUGUUGAUGAAAUGGAAAUCAACGAAGCUAUAGCAAAUUGGCAAACGAAAAAAAUUCCCAAAAGACGUGUUCUUGAACAUCCAAUUCUACCUAAAGAUGGGGAGAAAAAUAUCUUAAUCACGUCAGCUUUACCGUAUGUUAAUAAUGUGCCACAUUUGGGAAAUAUUAUUGGUUGUGUCUUGAGCGCUGAUGUAUUCGCACGGUUCUGUCGACUUAGGCAGCACAAUGUUUUAUACAUAUGCGGAACGGAUGAAUAUGGUACUGCAUCAGAGACAAAAAUACAUCAAGCAAUUUGGCCUUUGGGGUGGAACACCUACAAAACCAAGAAUUGCAUUUGCAAUUGAGUUUUUUGAAUUGGUUCAUUCUGUGCAGAUGGAAUGCCAGGCAUCAAUAAAAA